GUGAAGAAAGAUUUGUUAUUCGCUAAAGCGUUCUAUUUUUUUUUCUUCGCUGCGUUCGGUUCCUUGUUUCCAUUGAUAGGAGUCUACUUCAAACAACUCGGGAUGAGCCCCGUUCAGACAGGCUUCCUCAUCGGGUUGAGACCUUUCGUUGAGUUGUUCGCUGGACCGUUUUGGGGUGAGUUGGCUGAACGAUACAAGAAAUGGAAAAUGAUAAUGAUCGGAUCGCUGGCCUGUUGGAUCAUAUUCACUGACUGCUUGGCAUUCAUUCAACCACCUGCCAACUCGUGUCUCAUACACAACGGAACAAAUAUUUUUGUCGCGAAACCCUACACGAUAAGUGGAUUAAAGUUUGAAGACAUGGACAGAAGAGAUUUCGGAGAAAAUGAGAUUGGGCAAGAUCACGACGAACCUUUCGAUGCUACCAAAAACACGCAGCAGAAGUUUUAUCAAUUUAAACAUUUUCCCUACCCGGCAAUCGACAUUCCCGGGAUAUCUCCACUGCCUCUCAACCACAAGCACAUUGCCAACUUGGAGGAAGGGGAUGUUCGGGAUCUCGUGUCUCCGCCGCUCAGUGCUGUUGUCUACAAACUGCAGGAUGUAAGAAGCGUUUUUCUGAUUCUUCUCAUCCUACAAAUCAUCGGCGAGUUUCUGAGCACGCCAGCCAUCACACUCGCAGACACGGCCACGUUGGGCUACUUGGAUGGUCAGACUGAAAAUUACGGAAAACAGCGAAUAUAUGGAUCGCUAGGAUGGGCGGUCGCUAUGUUCUUUGUCGGUAUAGCACUUGACCACUCGAACAUAUUCUCCAGGCAUCCGUGCGGCACGGAACACUUGGUCGAUCGAAACUACAUGACUUGUUAUGCCGUCUUCGGCGCCCUCAUGUUUUGCGCACUCAUCAGUGCUACCCAGUUCAAAUUCAGAGAAGCAGAUUCGCCCAUACAAACUCUACAACUGCAACAGAUUAAGAGCAAAGUUCUAUUGAACGACCAAUCAACGAUGAGCAACAACCUGCUUGCAUCCCAACAACAACAAUCCUUCAAUCCAACAUCAAACGAACCGAAACAACCGAUGAACAAACCGAGUCCUUUGACGUACAUACCGAGGGGAAAACCGGGUCAAGUCGGUACUCUUCCUCAUUGGAUCACGGUUCUGAAAAUGUUCGCUCCGAUUCAAUUUAGUUCGGUGUUUUUUCUGCUGUGGUUCAGUGGAUUUGGAGUUGGAUUGGUGUUUGCUUUUCUUUUCUGGCACCUUCAAGACUUGGGGGGCAGUCCAACGCUGUUCGGUUUGGCGUCUGUUGUCAAUCAUCUUUCUGAAUUGGGAGCCUUUCUCUUCAUCAAAAAAAUUGUCGCUAAAUUUGGACACAUAAAUGUAAUAUACGCUGGAUUGCUGGCCAAUGUUGUGAGGUUCCUCUGUAUUUCCUAUCUCGGCAACGCCUGGCUCGUUCUGCCUCUUGAGUUCCUUCAAGGAUUGACACACGCGUCCGUGUGGGCGGCAGGCGUGUCCUACAUGACGCAAACCAUUCCAGAUGAAUACAAACCAACGGCUCAACUCAUCUUACAAUCUGUUCAUCUGGCGGUUGGGCGCGGGUGUGGUACCGUCAUUGGCGGCAUUUUUAUAUCAAGUUUUGGAACGGCUUCAGUAUUCCGUGGCUAUGGAGUCACCUGCCUGAUUGUGGGACUUGGAUACUUUGCACUGAACUUCUUCUUCAUCAGCAAACUCCCUCCCAUAGUUGGUGCUCCGCAGGUGACAAAUGAGAUGGAUACAGAUCCCUACCUUGCUCCCCACGGAGUGCCCGGCAGUGCAGUUACUGCAAGUGCAUCUUCCACCAAACUGAAUCAACAAGCCAGCAGCAAUAUGUUCGGCAACAACAUCAGCAAUGACUACUACACGGGACCACCGUAUGACCACAACGACAACGUGGCCAACAACACAUUCCAACAAAACAACAUCGGAAACUAUCCACCAACUAACAAUCCCUACAUCACUGAACCUCAACAAAUGACUCAAGGUAUAUACAGACCAGCAGGUAACCAAUGGAGGCAGUAGAUGUAAGAGCCACGCAUACUACCAACACAACAUAUGCCACAAAUACCAAAAUAACACACACACACACACUCAUUCACACACACACAGACACACAUACUGAAAUACUGCACGUACAAAAAGACCACAUGCACCACACAUAUAUCACCAGUACCACAUAUACCAGUAUCUAUGUGUGUGAUACCAUCUCAUCAAAUAGAAUAAUAGAAUACUCGUACAAUUUAUUAUGCUAAUGAUGUUGCAAUACAUAGUCAAUACACACACCACACACACACACACACACACACACACACACACACACACACACACACACACACACACACACAUGUCAUCGUCAUUUUUUAUUAUUUACCAUAGAGCACACUUGUUAAUUUAAAUCUCAAAAACAUGAGCUAAUACUUAUGUGUAAUUUUAAGAGUAUCCAUUUAGAAUUAAGUUGAUGUUGGUUUACCCAGCUAGAUAUUUAAAUUCAUUGUCUAAAACCUCUAUAAAAAAUUUUAGAUGAUACUAUAUCUAUCGCACUUGUAUGUGUACAUAUAUGUAUGUAUAUAUAAAUUAAUAGAUAGAUAUAACAUUAAUCUUAACUAUCUGCGAUUUUGUUAAAAAAAAAAUUAUUUUUCCUCCAAACAUAAAGCAUUAAAAUAAGCAACAUUUUGGACCAAAUUAUUUCUUAUUAAAAAAUUUCAAACAUAACAAGAAAGUGAACUGCUAAAUAUUAAGAAUAAAAAAAACAUAAACACAAAACAAUAGGGUGAAAAUUACGUAAAUUAUAACAAAGUGGAAUAGUAACAAUGAAAAAAAAAAACAACUUUUGAAUACAAAAAUUGGACAACGACAACAAAUUUAUUGAUUGAAUGGGCAAAAAACACAACAACCACAACACUACAUCAAAAAAUUGACCACUUCAGCGAUUGCAGCUACUACAACGACCUCACCAACCUGCAAAUUACCAACGAAAAUUCGUGUUUAAAAAUGUACCAUUGAUUUAAUGUUAUUGAUUCCUGGUUUUAUUAAUUGCAGUUGGCUUUCACAAUUCAUACAUACUGAUUGUGGCUCAAACAUCUUCAUUGCAUUGUAAUAAACUACUUCCUUUUUUUAUGAAUAACUUUAUAUCUGUAGAAUUUAAAGUUGAAAAAACUUCUUGCUAGUGAAUCUUUCUUAUUUUUCAUUAUAUAACAUAUAGAUGGAUGGACCAUUUAAUAUAUUCCUACUUUGCAACUAAGCGACCUAUGCUAAAAGAUGCUAGUUAAUAUAAAUAAUGAAAUAAAAAAACACACACAAAAACAGACACGCACACACACACACAGACACACACAUAUUUUUGUUACAAGUUUGCUUUAUUUUUCAGCAAUAAUAAUAAUAAUAGUUUAAACAUUUGAAUUAAUUUUUUAAAAAUAUUAAUAAAUUUGUAAUUCAUUUGUCCAUAUUGUUUAUUAAAGGUAGUUGUAGUAUUUGAUCAUCAUUUACAUGUUAAUAAGUCUACGUGUUUUAGUAUGUUUAGUAGUUAGUUGUUUAUAUAAUUAUGUGUACGUGUAUGUAUACAUGUGUGUGUGCAUACAUAUUUGUGUGUGUGUGUAUGCAUAUGUGUAUGCUCUUCUUAGUUUAUUAAGAAGUUUAACAUGUAAGUUUAAUUUACGAAAACUAAAGUAAUUCAUGUAAUAAGAAUACAACACAUGUAAUGCACUUUGUGUUCUGAAAUUUGUAUUAUGUAUACAAACAUGUAUGUACCAUUAAAAAUUUGUGUGUAUACAUAUAUAUAUACUUGUGUGCGUGUGUGUGCGUGUGUGAGUAAUGUUGUUUCUUCAAUUAAAAAUAAAAUAUGUCGAAAAGUGGA